AUGGUUAUUUGGCAACAAAGCUUUUUGGUGAGGAAGCAGCUGUUGCAGCUGGUUCUGCUCCACACAGCCUGGGAAAUGGGGAGCGGCCAGCUCCAUUAUUCUGUGCCUGAGGAAUCCCAGCAUGGCACCUUUGUGGGCCGCAUUGCCCAGGAUCUUGGGCUGGAGGUGAGUGAGCUGGUGCCUCGGCUCUUCCGGAUUGAGUCUGAAGAACAUGGGGACUAUUUUGAGGUAAAUGUGCAGAAUGGGAUCUUGUUUGUGAAUUCCCGGAUAGACAGGGAGGAGCUGUGUGGCAAGAGCCCUUUGUGCUCCAUUCACUUGGAGGUGAUUGUGGAUAAACCCCUGAGGAUCUUCCAUGUAGAGGUGGAGAUCAAGGAUAUAAAUGACAAUGCCCCCAUUUUCUCUGUAAACCAGUUAAAUCUUUUUAUAUCGGAAUCAACAACAUCUGGCUCUCGCCUCUCACUAGAGAGUGCUUCAGAUGCAGAUGUUGGUCAAAAUGCCCAGAUUGCAUAUAGGGUCAGCCUGAAUGAUUACUUUGUCCUGAACACUCAGAAUAAGAAUGGCAAAAUCAUGUCACCAGAGCUUGUUUUAAAAAGAACUUUGGACAGAGAGGACAUCCCUUCGUACCAUUUAUUGCUAACAGCAACUGAUGGGGGUGAAUUGGAGCUCACAGGGACAGUACAGCUACUGAUAACUGUGCUGGAUGUUAAUGAUAACAGUCCUGUUUUUAAUCAGUCAGUCUAUGAAGUGAGUCUAUCAGAAAUGUCAGCAAAUGGAAUUCUUGUUAUUAAGUUAGAAGCAACAGAUCCUGAUGAAGGUAUUAAUAAAGACAUAAUCUAUGCCUUUAAUACACCCCUACCCUCAUUUGGAAUUGAUGAAAAUACUGGGGAAGUCAGGCUGAAGGGAAAGCUGGAUUUUGAAGAUGUAAACUUAUAUGAAAUUCAAGUCUUAGCCACUGACAAAGGCCAUGCGCCAAUGCAAGGUAACUGUAAGCUUUUGAUAGAAGUGCUGGAUGUGAAUGACAACACUCCGGAAAUGUCUCUGAAGUCACUGUCCGUGCCAGUCCCAGAGGACUCCCCACUGGGGACAGUGGUAGCUCUGAUCAGCAUCUCAGACAGAGACUCUGGGGCCAAUGGGCAAGUGAGCUGCUCCAUGAGUCCCCCCGGUCUACCCUUCAAGCUAAUGUCUACCUUCAAGAAUUAUUACUCACUGGUGGUGGCUGCAGCACUGGAUCGAGAGUGGCAAGCAGAAUACAAGCUGGUGGUGACAGCACAAGACCACGGGGCUCCAUCACUGUCCACCAGCAGCAGCCUGGUGGUGCCCAUUGGCGAUGUGAAUGACAAUGCACCUGCUUUCGUACAGCCCUCCUACACAAUCUUCGUGAAAGAGAACAACCCACCUGGUGCUCACAUCUUCACCGUGUCUGCCUCAGAUCCGGACGUGGCUGAGAAUGGCCAGGUCAGCUACUGGCUGGAUGAGAAGCUCUGGCCACUGUCCAGCUACAUCUCAGUGCACUCAGAGAGUGGGAAGCUCUAUGCCCUGCAGCCUUUGGACUAUGAGGAGAUGAAGCUGCUGGAGUUCCAAGUGAGAGCCAAGGAUGCUGGGCUGCCCUCCUUAUGUGGCAAUGUGACGGUGCAAGUCUUUGUGGUGGAUGAGAAUGACAAUGUGCCUGCAGUAUCUGCACCAGUAGAGGAUGGCCACACUCUGCUGGUGGUCCCUGUGGCUGCUGGGCACAUGGUGGGCAAAAUCCAUGCCCUGGAUGCUGACUCAGGCUACAAUGCUUGGCUGCGCUAUGAGCUGCAUGAGGCUACCACUGGCCCUUGGAGGGUGGGGCUGCACAGUGGUGAGGUCAGCACAGUACGUGCCUUGGAAGAGAUGGAGGGUGGCAUCAGCCAUAGUUUGCUGGUUCUGGUGAAAGACCAUGGGAAACCAGUCCUGUCGGCCACAGCCACUCUGAGUAUUUCAUUGGUGGCAAGUGCCCAGGCCAUUAAAACUGAUACCCGCAUUUCUAGGACAGGAGGGGGCCCACAGCCCCUGGCGGACAAUGUCAAUGUCUAUCUGAUCAUCGCCAUCUGCUCAGUGUCCAGCUUGUUUCUGCUGGUGAUCAUAGUAUACAUGGCCCUGAGAUGCCAAAACCAGGCGAAGGAGGCAAUGGCGUAUGGCCCAGGCACAGCUACACUGGUGUGUGCCAGUGAAGUGGGCAGCUGGUCAUAUUCCAAUCGCCACAGCCACAUCCUGGCAGGAGUAAGUGGGGAGGCCAGUGGCAAGAAUGACCUCAUGGUUUUCAGCCCCAACAUACCGGUCUUUGCAGAGAACAGGGAGAUGAGGAACACAAAGGAGAUCAUUUCAGAUUCAUCUGGAGAGGUGAGCCUGUAA